AUGGAAAAUGUUAAAUUCAGACCAGGCCCUAUCAUCACGGGUACGGUCUUUGACAAGUACUACCGCAACUUCGUCAUCACCGCCAAGCUCCCCUUUGUCCGCUGGCCCGGCAGCGACCGAAUGCCGUACGACUACACUUCGCCCCAGUUCAAGUCCAAGUCCGAAGACGCCGUCGACGCAUUUGCGGAUGAGCUGGAUGAAAAGUUAAAGGGCGAGAACUUCAUCCAACCCCUGCGGCUGGCGUGCUUGCUCCUGGAGCUGCACCAGCUGGAGGUGCUGAUCCCGGUGUUCGCACUGACCCGCGACCAGCACCAAUUUUACAUCUACGCUGCGGAGGCGAUAAAGAAGCUUUUCAUCAGUCAUAAUUACUUGACCCUUGAUUGUCACAUCGACUUAGACCCGGUGUCUUCGGACGAUGGGAAGAGUCCGCAGAAGGAUUCCGGAAAGAAGCCUUAGAAGAAGGCCGAGAAAUCCAACAAAAAGGGCGACGAGUCUGAGAAGCCUGGCAUAUCCGACAGAGGGUCUGGGACAUCUGAUCGAAACAAGCGAGACUCGUGAUGGGCUGCAUGGAGUGGUGCCGGCUUAGAACUGGCAAUUCUUGUCACGUGAGGCUUGCGACGUCAUGACACCGCAACAUAGACAUGGACGUCAUAACUACAGGAUAAUUAAUAGACGAG